GUCGCCCGCCCCGUGCGAGAGCGACCUAACCCGCGUCCCCCCGACCCCUCUGGCCUCCUCCUCCUCCUCUCCAUCACCCUCUCGCUCGCCGUCGCCACCGCCCUGUCCUCCCCCGCCACUCAUCUCCCCCUACUCCGGCGCGCCCUCUCACUAGCCGCCACAUCCCUCAGCCCAUGGAUUUCGGCGCAACCACUCUCGGCCGCCACCUCUCCUCUCAUCUCCUCGUUUCCUCCAAAUUUCACGAUCUGGAGUUGGAGAGGCAAAUACGUCCGCCGACGCCACGGAGAUGGACGAGGCUGCAACUGGUGCUGGAGAGCCAUGGGUGGCUGAGAGGAGGAAGGGAGGUACCCUCUCCUGCAUCUCGCGCAAAGCCAUCCUGCUGGUGGCUCGAGCGAUGCAGGCAGCGACGAGCGCCAGUGAGUGUAGGAGCCUGGCAGCGGGAGCAUUGGUGCCGGUAGUGCAGGAGCCUGGCAGCGGGAGCGUUGGCGCGAGGACCACCGUGUCGCAGGUCAAGACUUGGGAGUGCAUCUGGAAUCCCGGGUUGUCCUGGUUGUUCAUCGUUCGGCUUGCUACCUGGGGAGGAAUGCCAUAUCCUGAAAAGGAAGAAGUCCGUACCCGUCUAAGGCAGGACCCAAAUUUCUGGAAAAAUAAGCCCUUGUCUGAAGUGAUGAUUUGAGCAGCAACAGAUGAUGUGCGCUUCCUUCUCAAUAUACAUGAGAAAAUGAUGGAGAAGUUGAGCAAAGUAUCUUCAUGGCGUCUGGCAGUACGAAGUGAGCUAUACUGUAGGUGUUUUUGCAUAAAUGACAACCAGCAGGCAGAUUGGCCGCCUCUUCUAACUGUCCCUGGUCAGUUUUUUACUCCCUUUCCUUUCAAAUCUAGGAAGGUUACUGUAUGGCCAAAUCUGUUUCACUUUUGGUUCUCCAGGUAUAAAUCAUAAAUUUGUAACCUAAUGAUUGGGGUUUGCUUUAUGGUUCAGCAUUGUAGCCUUGUAGGUGCAGAAUCGUCAUAUAAGAACUACUAAUAUGGAAUCACAAUGGAUCUAUUUUCUUUGCAGUCUUUAGUUCAUUUUAUGAAGUUUUGAUAUAUUCAACUUAUAGAACAAAAUCGAUUAAACAUUGUUGACGGAUGACAUUGAAGCUGAAGCUCGUGUUCCUGAGGUGGAUAUCCUUUCGCUCUAGGAUGUGCCUCCUGGAAAAAUGGGAUGUGUUAUUGGCAGAAAAGGAUCAUCAAUAAUUAUUCUGAAAGAAUCUUGCAAGUACUCAUCUUAAGCUUGAUUCUUCAGAUAUCGCAUGAUAUUUAUUCUGCAAUAUCUAAUUUGGUCUUCCCUGGUUUGUUUUCACUCCUAUGUGGAGUGUUGAAAUCCAUAUCGGUGGUGCAAAGGGGCCUCCAGGUAGGGUAGGUUUUCCAUAGCUGACAUAUUUAUUACUGUGCAGUUGUGGUCCACUGAAUUCAUCUAGUCCAUGUUUGAAUUGGUUAACAGCAAUAGCUAUAGUUUUGUAGCAAUAUGGCUUGUAGUACCAAAACUGCUCUUCUGUGACGAUGCUCUUGUUUCCCUUCCUGUCCAGGUUGUUUGACGUGUGUGUCAUUAGUCAGCAAGUUUAGAUGUGCUCUAAGCCUCUAAUUGUCCUGCUUGAUUGCUUCUUGCUGCAUGUUCUUGUUUGCAUAUGUUUACCCUGCUGAUUUGCUUUCUGCUUGCUGCUUGGGGAAACAUGUGUGUCCCCUGUUUUGGGUGCACCGCAGUACAUGUUCGGGUUAGUGCUUUGGGGGAAAUGUGUGCAGUAAGUAGUAGUUGUAGCUUCUCAUUAUGAAUAUACACACGGAAGGAAGUUUGGUGGGGAGAGGUUUAUGAAGGCCUACUGGAAUUAAUAUUUAGACCCAGUCUCAUCGUCUGCUGCAGCAUCGCCCUUCUUUUCCACCGCCCUAACUUUUUUGCACCCCAGGCCUAGCAGGCGAUAACGGCGCCACGAGGAUUCGCUGCCGUGAGGAGGACCCCGACCCGUAUGAUGGCCGCUGGAAGGUCACGCACUUCUUUGGCUCGCUUAGACUAGCUCCAUUGACGGCUUCUCGAAGGUAUCUUCUUGUGCAGCUUCACACUUGCUUGUGUGUCUCUUGCAAAAAGUAAGCUACCUGGUACCUCUCUACUCUUCUUUAGCAGGUGUUUGCAGAGGAAGCCGAGGGAUACAUGAUACUGGUAAUUUACUAAUGAUCCAUAUUGUUGGAAUAAUCUCACGAAUUCUAUUGAAAACAGAACUUAUUUCAGUAUGCUUAAUGUUUGGUUUUAGUAAUUAUGUCUGCUUUAGUAGCCAGGAGCAUCCCCUCCCAUUUCUGACUUUGAACCAUGUGCCCCGUUUAAACCAGCGUAAUUCGAUGACCUUAUGCAAUUAUUUGGUACAAAGAAUGUGCUGAUAAAGUAUUUUUAUUUUUUACUUUACUAUGUUUAGUUCUGACGUAUUGAUACUCCUGUCAAUCUGCUCUAAUCUGGUUCGCCGAUAUCCUGAAGGAAUUAGACCAUCCUAUAUCUUUUUUUUCUGAUUUUUGUUGGAUACCUGCUUAGAUGGGUGAACUUUUAACCCAUCUUUUAUUGCUUGCAGGUGUAUUUGUUGGGUUACUCUUGGCGUGUUGAACAAAAAUUGGCAUUCGGCACCUGCUAUUUAAAGAUGGUUUGAUCAGUACUAGGGAAAACCCAUAUAUGGAACGAAAUUAUUGUAGGUAUCUAAGAAUGCUGAUGAUUACACUCGGAGCAAGGCUUGUCACGGCGCUGCAAGUGUUGCCCCCCUCCUCCCCAAGGGCAAGGUGAAGGAAGGUGCCUGUGUGGUUCUUCUGCAGCUCGCAGCGAGGAUUGCUGUGUCCAACCUGCACAAGAAUGCCAAGAAGUCCUUCUCGGAGAUGUAAGCCACGACGCAUGUUUCUGCCAUGAUUUCCUUCGGUUGGAUUUCAUGGAUUUAGGUGUUGAAAAAUUAUGGGCUGUGGAUGCAGGAUUAAGGACAUGUACCUGCACUACAACGAGAGAUGUAGGCUGCUUCUUUGUGGCUUCCAAACUUGAAAUGUUUGUUUGGAAAUUAGUUUAGUUUUCUGUCGUGGACUCACAGCUUCUUACAUGUACCAUCCUCUUAGACCUUUAGAUUUCCAAAGAAACUAAAUGAAGAUAUGGUGGUAUGGUCUCAAUAGUACAA